CCUACCAGACGUUUAGAGGAGAUGAAUGUUAGAGCAGGUGGACAGCUUUGCCUCGGAUUCCUAGCAGCCGUGUCAGCUCACGCAGCUAGAGUGGUUGGCCCACAUCCAGUGUCAACGCGGUGAACGCUACGCGGAAACAUUAUUCGACAGCUCACAACCUUUUUGCAACAAUAAUUGUUAACCAGCCUGCUGAGUGUGCACAUUAGCCCAUACACGGCACCUCUAGACGUAUGCUUCUUCCUCAAACUCAUACCUCCAGUACUAUAGCGCCUUUGGCAUCGCUUGACCACCGUGCCGACGAUGGAGGUGGCGGUGGUGGCGAGCGCGGUGACCGGAGCAAUAAGGACGCUCUUGCCCAAGCUCACUGCCUUGCUACACAAGAAGUACAAACUGUCUGGUGGAGUGAGGAAGAAGAUCACUUCCUUGAGGCAUGAGAUGAGCAGCAUGAGUGCUUUGCUCGUGACGCUAGCUGGGCUGGAGGAGCUAACUCCCCGAGACAAAGACUGGCGUGACAAGGUGCGCGAGCUGUCCUAUGAUAUAGAAGACUGCAUCGACAUCUUCACGCAUGAGCUUGAUAGGCAUGAAGCCAAGGGUGGACUGAGGCGCAGGCUUAAGAAGAUCAAGGCGCGGUACAAGAUUGGCCACCGUAUUGAAGAGUUGAGGGCUCAGGUUGUCGAAUUAAGCAAUCGUCACAACAGAUACAAGCCCGAUGAGUGCAUUGGUUCUCCUAGCUCUAGGGCCCUUGUGGAGGUUGACCCUCGUCUACAGGCACUCUAUGUAGAUCCUGAUAGCCUUGUUGGCAUUGAUGCCCAAAAGGCGAAGCUCAUCGAGUUGCUGAGGAUGGAUGUUGGUGAUACACAACGACUUAAACUAGUAGCCAUUGCUGGAUUUGGAGGUAUGGGCAAGACAACUCUUGCGAACCAAGUUUAUACCAAGAUGAAAGGCCAGUUUGAUUGCACGGCCUUUGUAUCGGUGUCUCGGAUUCCAAAUAUAGCCAAGAUUUUGUCAGAUAUAUAUUCGGCAACGACGGACCCAAACACCAAUUGUAAUGAUGAGCGGCUAAUCAUUGACCGGCUCAGGAAUAGUCUAGAAGACAAAAGAUACCUUAUUGUGAUUGAUGAUAUAUGGACAAUGGAAGCAUGGAAUGCUAUUAAAGGUUGCUUCUUGGAGAACAGUCUUGGCAGUAGAGUUAUAACAACUACACGAUUUGAAGAUAUAGCUCAAGCAUGUUGUUCUUCUCUCCAUGGCCUUGUCUACAGAAUCAAACCUCUUAAUUGUAUUGACUCCAGAAGAUUAUUUGACAGAAGGAUUUUUCCUCUUAAUUGUCCUGAGCAACUGAAGACUGUACGUGGUGGAAUUUUGAAGAAAUGUGAAGGAGUGCCAUUAGUCAUAAUUAGCGUAGCCAGCAUACUGGCUUGUCAUGAAGAGGUAAAUUCAACAGAAAUCUGGGAGAAGAUACAUAAUCAUUUUGUUAUCUAUUUGGAAGGACAUCGUGCGUUAGGGUGGAUAAGGCAUGUGCUUAAUCUUGGCUAUAAUGAUUUAUGCCUGGACCUUAAGACAUGUAUGCUAUAUUUUAGUAUAUUUGCAGAAGACUCUGAAAUAAUGAAGGAUGAUUUGGUGAAAAGAUGGAUUGCCGAGGGUUUUGUUACUGAAAAGCAUGGUCGUAGCCCACAUGAUAUUGCAGAAAGUUACUUCAGUGAGCUGAUUAAUAGAAACAUGAUCCAAAUAGCUAAUAUUGAUGACUGCGGGCAUGUGUUGUCUUGUCGAGUCCAUGAUAUCAUGCUUGAUUUUAUCAUACUGAAGUCCACAGAAGAAAACUUUGUCACUAUAAUGAAUGAUCUGCAUUGCACGAAAGGCUGUCUGGAUGUUCGCCGGUUAUCCCUCCAAAAAAUAAAAAAUUCUCGAUGCAAUGACCUGGUGGAAAACAUAGCUCUCACCCAAGCUAGGUCAUUUAACUUCUGGGGUCCUGCUCAAAGCAUUCCUUCUGUUUCAAAGUUCCAACUUCUCCGAGUUCUACAUAUUGUUGUUUCUGGUGACAGGGAUGAGAACUAUGAUCUGUCUUGCAUUUGUAACCUGUUCCAACUGAAAUAUCUGAGGAUUGUAGGCAUUUGGUGCACGGGAUUUCUCAAACAAUUGCGUAAAUUGCAACAUCUGCAGACACUGGAGAUCGCACACAGAAGAAGUGAAGAUGUUUACCUAGACAUUGGUGAGUUACCCUUGACGCUGUUGCAUCUGAUUGUCUUUGCAAAGCUACUUGGUGACAUAGGAAGGAUGAGAUCCCUCAUUUGUUUAGCUACCUUAGCAAUAGGUGAUAUCAAACAUAUGGAGGGAAUGAAGGGGCUCGGUAAUCUGGCCGACCUAAGGGAGCUAAGGCUAUAUGUGAGCGCAUCUGUUUGGAACACAGGUGGACGUCAACUGUCCUUUAGGGAAUCCCUUGCCAAACCCGAACACCACUAUGUUCCUCAUCUACGUGGAGUUGCCAUUUGUGAUUCUCUACUAUCCUCCUUCAGCAGACUCGGCAGCCUUGAAUCCCUAAUCAUCAAUGGAGGGCUCCCUGUUGAUGUGUUGAUUUGCUGGUCUCCACCUCCACGCCGACUCCGUAGAUUACAUGUGCAGGACUGCCCCUUUUCAGUGGUCCCAUAUUGGAUCACCCAAUUCGCCAUCCUCAGAAGUCUGGAAAUUGAAAUUCUUUCCAUGACAAGGGAGGGUAUCCAUAUUCUUUCCCAGCUGGUCUCGCUGGUGAACCUCCGACUAUUUGUUAGGAAGUCUCUUCCCGCAGAGGGCGUUGUCAUCCCUGGUGCAGCAUUUCCGAAUCUUAAGGGCUUCUUCUUCAGAUGUAAAGUGCCCUGUCUCAAGUUCAGGGCAGGGGCCACACCCAGGCUUCAAAAUCUCACUGUGGAGUGUCACACAAGAGCAGUGCAGCGGGCUGAUACUGUACUUGAAGGCAUCGAGCAUCUAGGGAGCCUCAUGACAUGCAAGGUGAACAUCUACCACCAUGACUUCUUCAUGGCCACGCAGACUGGCGGCGGUGAUGGACCAAGGCCACCUAGCAUUUGGCAAGCUCUUGAGGAUGAGGUCUUGAAGGCGAUAAACAAGAAUUUGGGGUAUCCUGAACCUGAAGUUCUUGUUCAAUGUUUAUAACAUGCACGAUCAAAAUGAUUAAGCAGGGAAAUUACCAUCUUCACAAAGAACAUUUUGUUUACAUGUCAUGUGGAGUGCGUCUGUUCGAAAUUUGAUGAUGCAGAGUCCCAAUUUAAGAUGGCACCAAAGAAAUGCAGGACUGAUGGAGAGACCUGCUAACCCCGAACACCGGGUGUUGAUGCGCUGAACAAGAUAUCCCCUGCUACCUCUUCCCAUGAAUACAUUGUUCUAUGCCUGUUAAUGGCCAUUGAUGUGGUGGAGCGAACCCUCAAUGUGUUUUUCUGUUUUCUUUCGUUUUAAAGUAUUUCUGCCCUUGUGAAUGUUACAAUGGUCGUCACACUGAGAUACUGGACCCGGGCAGGUUUCUACUUGUUGCUCGAAUAAAAAGUGUACUGUGGAGUGUCUGCCAGUAAUCCAUUUUUAGUAAUUCGUGGUGCGCAAAUUGUGCUAAUGUGCAGUGGAAUGCCUCACCUUGGUUGCUCUCCAGUGUAUGAUCUUGUUCUUCUCAAGUGUAUCCCUUUCAGUCGUCUAUAGGUCUUUGUUGUUGUUUGGCAAUGUAGAUAUGAAUGGUUCCAUCUUAAAGACUAAAACUCAGCCAAAAGAUGAGUUGGUCAUCUCAAAAUGCUCUCACCAUUACAAUGAUCCUCCAUGUCUUAUGUUUGUCAGCAGUUGAAACUCAAGAGCAACGUUGAUCUACUAAUUUCUGCUAUUGUUUCAGAAGCAAGUCAUCCGUUCAAUUUCGUCAAAAGAAGUCCCUCGGAAAAAGUGAUCACGGCCUCAACCUUAUGUUUUGGACUACUAAGAAGGUCAUACACAUCAAUACUGUACACGACUAACAAAGCUAGGAUAUGUCAAUUCACUCUGCAUCAGUUCUAGCUACUAACAGAUGAUGAAUGAAUAUUCAGAAUAACUAGUCACCUCCACGAAGGCCAACUCUGCCUCCCGGGUUGCUCCUACAGGCGACUCCGGAGGCCUCCCCUGCCGCCACAACACAGGCCACCACAGCCGGCCAUCUCCUCCGCCGCCGCCGAAGGAGCCGUCGGUGCUGACGGCGGCGGCGGGAUCCACCUGUUCGGCUCUCAUCUUCCUUCAUCUCCAAGGUUGGUCAACCUUCAUCUACCCUCAGAUCCGAUCCACGAUCUGGAGGAUCCUGUUCGUGGAUGCUAGGGCAACCCCGGGCGGUGGCGGCCUCGUCUGGAUCCAGCCGGCUCCGCUGCAUCUGGGCCAUGGCCGGCAAUGCGAGGCGCGCCGACGGCUGGCGGGAAUCCUGCUGGACGGCGGCCUGGCCUUCUCUCGCCGGCGCACGCGGCUCAGGCGAGGGCCCGUCCGGCGGUGGGCUGGGUCGAGGUGGACCUCCCUUCCAUGGUGUCGCUUGCCCCAAUCUGGUUCUGCCGGAUCUUGGCCCUAACAAUCUUCUUCUGCCAAGUCAUCGCUCUAUCGGAUAUUGAUCUCUUGGAUCUGGCUGCUCACGAGUUCCGGUCAUCCCUGUCGAAGAUCCAUAUGGAUUGGCGUAUGUCGCCCCUGGAUAUCUAGAUCGGAAAGGUUCCGGUCGCGCGCGUUCAUAUUAUCAGCCAACAAGGCCUUACGAGGACAGGCGCGAAGCUUCGCUUUCUUAUCCAUGCCACGGGACAUGUCUAAGUCAAGAUUUUCAAGGCAUUGAUAGAGGUGGGGAAAGUCAUGGUGGCUGCGAUUGGAGGUCUUAACCUUCGGUGAAAGGGUGUAUUGGAUGCGAUGAAUAUUGUGUGCCAGGUGUAUGGUGACUUGUAACAGCGGCCUCGGCAAGCAGGGGCGGCAGCACUGGAGGACUGCAUUUUUGUGGUGCUCCUCGAGUACCGAGUCUUGAUCCCCGGGGUGAAAACCCAAGGUCUGGCCUUUAUUCGUUGUACCUGGUAAUGGCCUUGUUGAAGGCAUUGUUUUGGGUGAACUCGGACUUUCUCUGGGUGAAAACCCGAGAUCUUUGAUCGGGCAACAACAACGCUUGUGCAUUGUUUCCUUCUUGGAGGCGUUGCUUUUGAAGAACCUCUUUUGUAUUUCAGGUGUUGUCUUUGAUGGUGGUUAGAGUGCUGCUGCUGCUAGUAUUGUUCA